AUUGUGUCAAUGUCCAAAUAUUUAUGGGCCUAACUGUACAUACUGGCAGAGCCACAUUGGCCUUGGUUACAGAAGCAUAGCACAUCAAAUACACAAUACAAUGAAAUAAAUUUGUCUAUGGUAUUGUGCUGGGUUGAGACAAGACAUUUUAGCUAGUGUUAAUGUUACUUGGGAACACUAACAAAGUUGGCAAUUGAAAAAUACUAGGCACAUUUUGUUUUUAAAAUUUUUAUUUUUUUACAAAAGAAAGUUAAUGUAAACAAUCAGUUCAUAUGACCGCAUUUUGCGAAUGUUUUAAUAUCUAUAUUCCACUUUGGUACUGUAAAAAGUAUUUCAUUAGCAGGCUCGGAUGUAAAUUGGAUUGAGAAUUUUGAAACAUACCAACAAUGACAAACAUUUUCUGACCUUUUGUCUUAACAUGUUUUAAAGUCUUCACACUAUUUUGAAAUAGCAUCAUGUAGCCAAUCACAAACUAGACCUCAUUCUAUCCUCUUUUCUGAGAAAAACAAGUAAAAAAGAUAACUAAGUUAAAGUAUUUUCCACGCUAUUGGAAAAAGGUCACCUCAGUCUUAGUUCCAUUUGAUUUUGAUUGAUUGGGACUUUUAUUAGUAGAUUGCACAGUGAAGUACAUAUUCCGUACAAUUGACCACUAAAUGGUAACACCCGAAUAAGUUUUUCAACUUGUUUAAUCAUAAUUGAUUCAUGAUACAGAUAUAUACUAUCAGAUAUAUACUAUCAUCAUAAUACACAAGAUAAUCAUCAGGGUAUAUACAUUGAAUGAUUUAAAUUAUUUACAAUCCGGGGUGUGGGAUGUGGAGGGGGGGUUAGGUUUUGUUGUUAUCAUCACUUCAGUCAUCAACAAUUGAGAACAGAAAUGGACAUAGGUCUGACUUGGUAGGAUAUGUACAGCAAGUAGUGGACAUAGACAGAGAGACAGAUCAGAAAGCAUAAGAAAAAGUAUCUACAUUUGAUUAUUAACAAUUGUUGGUUUUGAUUGGAUGUAAUUUGAGGUCUCAAGAGUUCUGUUUUUGUCAGGUUGUUGUUUUUGCUCAUCAGCAUGCGUGAAUUCCAAAAGGGAGCUACACUUCUUGCUGUUUAUCUUUGAGCCAACUUGCGCUGUGGGCUAACUGAGGCUUCCUCUUUUGUUCGCCCUUGAUGUAAGAAGGUGGAGCUUGGUAGAGUUCCUCCGAGUUAGGGUCGCUGUUCUACGUGCAGUUUUGGUUCUUGCAUGUGUUACUCCCUGCUGUCUCUGGGACUGAAGAGCCUUGAGUGAUAUGAAGAUGAUUGGGAUCCGUUUCCUGUGGACUCUGUUGGUGAUUCACUGUGUGUUUGUGUGCGGUGACAUUCAAUUCCUUGAGAGGCAGGAGGGCGACUUGGUAGUCUUUCCUUGCUCCAUCAAGUCCAGCAUCCAUUCACCUGCAGCCUUCUCUUUAAAGCGCACUUGGUUGCAUCCUGAUGAUGUUCUCUUCAAGUACAAGGGGACAGAGGCGCAUGUGGAAAAGGCUCAUGACAAACGGCGUCUGGCGGUCAGCGGCGACCCAAGCAGCCACUCUGUGAAUGUGACAAUGUCUGACCUCAAAGCCAAUGACACCGACCGAUACGUUUGUGAGUUUGUGAUAGAGAACCCUUCUUCUGAGGAUGAACACCGAACAGGAGAGACAGAAUUCUUCCUCCUUGUUGAUACUGACGCCCCCGGUGGUUGGGUGGACGUUGGGCCGAUAGAAGUGUGCGCCGGGGGCUCGGCCGUCAUCCCCUGUCUCCCCCCCCACGGCGAGGACCUGCCAGUGGAGGGGGUGAGCCUGACGAGGCGAAGGGGCCGAGAUCCCGUGGAGCUGCUCUACCACUCCAAGCGCCACCACCGCACCGGACCGCCGCCCUCCUCCGCUUCCUCCUCCUCACGCUUCCAGCUGUGGUCGUCCCCGGGCCCCACGGGCUUCACGUACAACCUCACCCUGCGUCAGCUGCAGCCAGAGGACGGCGGCUUGUACAGCUGCCAGCUCCUCCUGCGCGGCCGCCAUGACGGUAGCACGUCACUAGACAGCCGACGGGCUGUCUUUGUUUCCGUGCAAGGUCAGUGCAGCUCCUCCGGCUACACCACGCUGCUGUACGCGCUCUCUUCCUCUGUGGUCGUCCUCCUCCUGCUGCUCGCCACGCUGCUGCUCUGCCAAAAAAAAGCGUGCGGCUCCAAGCAGCACCCUCAAGUGCCCAUCUACGAGGAGAUGGUUGGCGUGCAGACCCCCACUGACAAAUUGGAUCCUCUGCAUCUGGAGGAGCCGAGCGUGUACAGAAACUGCCGGGGGAAGAAAUCCUGCCCAGAAAACGAGUACGAAACUUCAAGCGGGGCUCUAAAAGUAAAGUAGAACUCGUUUAGUCAGAUGUCAAACUAGCUGGAUUCUGAAUAGCUUGAUGCAAACAUUACGUCUAUGCUCGCCAAUAAGUUAUGUCGUGGUACAUCCACACAAACGCAGCUCUCCCAAUUCCCCUUUUGCGUCCGUCCGAACUCUUUAGAUGAACUUUUCAAAGUCAGAAAAUAUAUUACCCUCAAACAUCCGGAGCAUAUUCUCUUGUGCGGCCACAACAUUAUCUUGCUGUUCACUUGUGUCGCAAAAUAUUCUCACAACAUUCUCAGUGCAUAUUAAACCUAAACACCUACUACUCUAAAGCAGACCUGGGCAAAUUAAGGCCCGGGGGCCGCAUGCGGCCCGUUAAACUUUUCAAUCUGGCCCACCGGACAUUCCCAAAUGUUUUUUUUAGAUUUUUAAGAUGGAAACUGUAGCUGCCAUUAUGAUGUGCAGUGAUGUUUUCAAAUGACCGUAAGUAUUGAACUAUACAAAGUAUUACAAUGGUUGGAAUCUGUGCUUUUGCAUGAUAUACUAGUUACCAUGGUAACCUAAGUCACAGCAGCUCAGACGAGGCACCAAGCAGUGUGGGAGCGUUUCCACAGAGUGUUUCCAGAGCGUCCAGCCUGAAAUGCUGGUGUCAGGGACAGACGCGGAAGGAGAUUUUUACUACAAAGUUCUAAAGCUUAGUGAUAUCUCAGAUAUAUCAGAUUGUAGGGGGGGGGUUAGCCAUCGCGUUCAUAUUUCGCUGUUUGUUGCAUUUCUGUUGCAUUUCGCUUGAUUGUAAAAUAUGUCGAUCGAGAGGGGGUGUGACGUUCAUAUGUUGUCAAUAUUCAGUGUUUUAUCAUUCAUAGUUACCGUAUUUUUCGGAGUAUAAGUCUCACCGGCCGAAAAUGCAUAAUAAAGAAGGAAAAAAAACACAUAAGUCGCACUGGAGUAUAAGUCGCAUUUUUUGGGGAAGUUUAUUUGAUAAAACCCAACACCAAGAAUAGACAUUUGAAAGGCAAUUUAAAAUAAAUAAAGAAUAGUGAACAACAGGCUGAAUAAGUGUGUUAUAUGACGCAUAAAUAACCAACUGAGAACGUGCCUGGUAUGUUAACGUAACAUAUUAUGGUAAGAGUCAUUCAAAUAACUAUAACAUAUAGAACAGGGGUGUCAAACUCAUUUUAGAUGGGGGGCCACAUGGAGAAAAAUCUACUCCCAAGUGGGCCGGACUGGUAAAAUCACGGCACGAUAACUUAAAAAUAAAGACAACUUCAGAUUGUUUUAUUUGUUUAAAAAUAGAACAAGCACAUUCUGAAAUUGUACAAAUCAUAAAGUUGUUUUUUUUUACAAUUACCUGUUGCGGUUAAUAGUAUAUAUACUUUUUUUGUCGUUAUUUAUAUUUUCUGAAUAAAUUAUGUGAUAAUUUUCAUCAGUCAACUCAUUGGUGUUCAUUUUCAAUCUAUCAAGAUAAAACAAUUAUAUCAAAAUCAAAUUACAAGAUGUUAUUUAUGCAGUUUGAUCAUUUUCCUCGACUGAUGUACUAACGUCAUGAGGUUUAUUUUGUACAUAUGUAGCAUCAUCUACAAAGAUACAAAGAAUUGCUAUUGUGCCAUCUAGUGGACACAUUUAGAACAGCUGUUUCUUUCAUUCAAAAAUUUCAGGUUCAUUUUUAUACUCAGCAAACUCAUCCCGCGGGCCGGAUAAAACCUGUUCGCGGGCCUGAUCCGGCCCUCGGGCCGUACGUUUGACACCCCUGAUAUAGAACAUGCUAUACGUUUACCAAACAAUCUGUCACUCCUAAUCGCUAAAUCCCAUGAAAUCUUAUACGUCUAGUCUCUUACGUGAAUGAGCUAAUUAAUAUUAUUUGAUAUUUUACUGUAAUGUGUUAAUUUCACACAUAAGUCGCUCCUGAGUAUAAGUCGCACCCCCGGCCAAACUAUGAAAAAAAACUGCGACUUAUAGUCCGAAAAAUACGGUAAUAUUGCAAAUCCCACAUUCUUUAUUUUCAUGCACAUUCUGGGUGCCUCAUUCAGUAAAAAUUUUUUUAAUUCCAUUCCAUAUUUUCAGGCGGUCUGUCUUAAUGUUUUAGCAUUCAAUCCGACAUUAUUGUGAGGUUUUGUGUUAGUGAUCCUAAAAAUAGAUAUACCGGCCCCCAGACACAUUUCUUUCUCUAAAUUUGGCCCCCUGAGUCAAAAUAAUUGCCCAGGCCUGCUCUAAAGUAUAGAGACGUUUUACUUUUAUAGUAUUUUUCCUUGCUUUUUGCCGAAGUGUGAGGGCAGUUCCUAUGUUUGUGGGACACAAAGCAUUGCCAGAUGUACAAUGAUUAUCAUUUUUGGGUCAUUCCCACAACUCCGUGCCAUUCCCGCGUUGUGACUUGCACAACAUUUCCAUCCAAUAUUUUACUUCCUGAACAUUGGAAGGAUUCAAAAGGUUGUUUAUCAGACUUAACACCAGGACGUAAUUAUUUAAAGUAUUAAAUGUAUUCUAUUAUUUUACAUUUCUUCAGAAAUUGACAAAAUACUCGACAGCAAAAAGUAGAAAUAGUAUAAUGUUUAUGAUUUAAAAGUGCCCCAGCUCACGAGCUUUUCUGUAUACCAGCUGUCCUGCUGCUUUUUGUUAUGCUUUAGGUUACCAGCUAGUUGGCAAAUGUUACAGUGAACCCUGUAAGAUCCAACCAAAACAUCCGAUGUCCUACGCGCUAGCUUUAGCCUAGAGCUAGAAAUCGACAUAACUUUGUUUUUUUCACGACGGAAAGGAAGAAAGUGCGUGUGAAAGUCAGUGCUAGGAAGAAGCAGAUAUUAAUUGAAUAAAAAAAAAAUAAAACAUCUAAAACAUGACAAAGCGUGUAGCUGACUUGAAGUAGUUGGUGUAUCACUGCAAGUUUGCACCAAACUGAGUCCAUAAUGCCAGCCAAGAAUGUUAAAAUUGUAUAAAUGGCAGAUUCAUUGAAGCUGCUGAUGGUGUGUUUGACAGAAACAGCUCAGUGUAGAAGUCCACUCUCCCAAAGUAAAUGCUGUACAUUUCUAAAACUACUGUAAUUGCUUGCAGUGCAUUCUAGAUAUGUUGUUUUUAUUCUAUAUUUCCUAUCUGAUAAGUUUAUUUUUCUUUUUAAAAGACAUGUUAAAACUGUUUGCUUUAAUAACGGCCAAAUACCAAUAAUUUAUUAUAAUUCCUUUCAGUCGGCAUUUCACAAUACCAGCUAUGUCACAAAACCAUUUACAGUCCACACAAAGUAUUCACAGUGCUUCACAUUUUCCACAUUUGAGGACAAACAUUAAUUAAUUCAUUUUGGAAUAACUCGUCUCCGUCUUCUUCCCACCUCCAAAGACAUGCACCUGGGGAUAGGUUGAUUGGCAAGACUAAAUUGGCCCUAGUGUGUGAAUGCGAUAGACUUGUCCAUCUGAGUGCAGCUGGGAUAGGCUCCAGCACCCCCAUGACUCAGAGGGACAAGCGGUAGAAGAUGGAUGAAUGGAAUAACUUGUAACAUAAAAUGUGGAAAAAGUGAAGCGCUUAGAAUACUUUCUGGAUGCAUUAGAGAAUAAAUAAAAUACAUUUUUCUUUGAAAAGUAAAGCUAAAAGUGCUUGUAUGAUCUGAUAGUGUUCAGUUUUCCUGAAAAGAAAGAAAAAGACGACAAACUGAAAUAACAGCCAAGAAAAUCUGUACUUUAUUAAUAGAAUCGGAAAUAAGCUCCAUAAAUUCACAUGGAAACUUGUUUUUGUCCGGUGCAUGUCCUUAACAAUCACAUUCUAUGAGGAAAAGGAACAACAUUAAAAGCCACAACUUUGUAUUUCAGUUACAGACAUUUUUUUUUCCCACGUUUUUUUAUUUUCUUUUUAAAGUAAAGGCAAAAGUACCCACAUUACCCCCCCGCCCCCCAAUCCUAAAAA